AGGAAUGGACUGCUGAGUGGAACCUUUCGUCCAAUCGCUUUUUAUAACAGGGGGAUUGAAGCCGAAGGCAGUCAAUCAAAAUGCCUGAGGAGAUGGCGGACGGUGGGAGAAAGCUUGUAACGCUCGACGACCUCAUCGAUGCCCUGGAUAAGCGCGAGAGAGCGUCGAGCAAUGUCCCGAAGGUUGAUACUUUCCAUUUCAAGGGAGAACGGGUGUCCGACUGGCUGGACCUGACGGAGCAAGCGCUGGUAGGGUUGUCGGACGAGGUCAAGCUCCAGCGAGUCCUAAGAUAUGUCCUUCAUAGCCACCAUCAGGAAGUGGGCAAGGUCAUGGAUACCGCCAAUGGUAGUUGGGCGAGGUUCAGGGACAUGAUGCAGAGAAAGUACAGGUUGGGGGAUGGCUUGCUAACCAUGGCGGAUUUGGAGGCCAUGAACAAGGACGACUUCUCCACGAUUGGGGUGUUUGUGCACGAGUUUAAAAGGAAGGCGCGGAAGGUGCACGGGAUCUCCGAAGAAACGCAGUGUGCCAUAUUUUGGGGUCUGCUUACUGGCUCGGAGGCCUCGGAGCUGACGGGUCACGGAGGGGGAAGUGAGAAGCUCACCUGGGCCACUAUCGACAAAGGGGUGGAAGACGGGAGCCUGGACCAGGUGGAGCAGCACCAGGUGCGGCUGCAAAGGCGCAAGAGAAAGGAAAGGGACGCCACCUCGUCCGGGACCCCAGGGGUGAAGAGGGUCGUCACGGAUGUAUUGGCAACGCUGGGGUAUGAUAAUGAGGCAGAAGUGCAAAAGAGGGGAGUGACCGUGACCCAAGGCCGGGCGUCGGGGGCAGUGGAAGAGGAGGCUAGGCGCGAGGACUAUGGCGGAGAAGAAACGGACUCCCAGAUCCUAACCAAGGCCCAGAGGAAGCAGCGGAAUUUACAAGUGGGAGGUCAAGGAUCUGGAAAAGGGCAGGUCCCGCAAGUGAUUGUUGCGUCGCCACCUGCCGCCACGACAACGUCAGCGACGUCCGGACCGUCAUGUAUGGGGCCACCGCCGGCUUGUGGGCACUGGGUGCCGCAUUGUCAGCCUGCAUCCUGGCCCAGUUGUAAGCACUGCACCUCGUGCGGGGGUAGUCAAACUCAGCCCAGACAAAUGGUCCCUUAUGCAGGCCCAGCGGCAAGUAUGGGGCCCCCAAACUACCCUACGGCCCAGGGUCAGUUUGUGGCCCAACCACCUCCCUCCCAACAGGCCUCGCAGGUUAGCGUGGUCGGUGGAGGAAACCAAGGACAAGGCGGACAAGGGAAUGGAGGCCGAGGUCAAGGGGGUCGAGGAGGUGGCGGUCGAGGCCGAGGAGGAAAUGGUGGGGGUCGCGGGGGUGGUUGGAAUGGUCAAGGGGGUCAGAACCAGAGUGGUCGAGGUGGCCAAGAGGGGGGCCAGGGGUAUGGGAGGCCUCGCUUUGAUUGGCGAAACGCCACCUGCUGGCAUUGUAGCGAGGUGGGCCACACUAUACGGUUCUGCCAACGGCGACGAGAUGAUGAGUUGGCAGAUCUAAUUUCCUCUUGUAUGGACGGGGAUAUAUACGAUAAAUGGGGAGAGCAUAUUGACCCUAGGACCCCGGGAGGAAUCAGGCAAGAAGCUCUUAGGCGAGCGGCGGCAGGGCCAUCGACAACCCCGACCAUGUUCAGGAUGUGGCAGGAGAAAGAAGAGUUGGCCAUAAAAGUUGAGGAGAUUGUGGGAGAUAGCGAGGAGGUCACUCAACGACUAAAGGCGGGUACUAUAAGAGAGGAGCCAAUAGUCGUCGAGUCGGACGAUGAGGGGCAGGGAGGCGAGGGAGAGACGACCACACUCCUCCUGGGAAGGAUGGAAGAUCUGUUGGAAAAGGUGGGGAGAUACCAGCGAAAGCUGCAAGCCCUGUGUGAAGAAGCCCGAGAGUGGGAGGCCAACCUGACUGAGGUCUUCCUUUAUGACUCCGGGCCAGAACCUUCGCCAGGACAACAAGGGUGCCGAAGAGUGGCUACUGUAGAGACGGGCCCUAGGUCAGGUAUGACCUAUAGACCCCCCACGUCGCAUGGGAGGGUGCCGCAGGCGGCUCGGACUAGGAGCCAAAAUAAGGCUGGGCCUAGUCAAGAGCCCAGUCAGGCGCCCAGUCAGGCACCCCCUCGAAAGGAGCCGGAGCCUAGACGUAGGAAGGAGGUGGUGGAGGUUCCGGAGGAAGAGGAAGAGGAUGACGAUGAAGAAGAUGAGAGACUCCGACAAGAGGAGGAUCAGCGGGCGGAGCUGAGGGUCAAAAAGAGGGGGGCCCAGGAGGAGGCCGAGCCAAGCCUACCCGACAGCGUGCCUAAGAGGAAGAAGUACGCGGCCCAGAUGGAGGAAGGCUUUGAUGUGGAGUGGAUGGUGGACAAACUCCUGGAAGGCCACAAUAACUUGAUGAACCUAAAGGGCAUCCUGACGUCGGCACCAAGGCUCCGUGGUGAGUUGAAAGGGCGACUGUCGCGAAGGCUGGUGCCAAAUGUCCAUCCGAGUACGGUGGAUCUGGUGAUAAGGAACCAGAAGUGUACUGGGAUGGUGGACACGGGCGCAGAGAUGAACAUCAUCAGGGAGAAGGAGGCGGUGAUGAUAGGCAUGGAGAUCGACCGCUCGGACCAUGGCAUGCUGCACGGCGCUAACUGCAAGGCCGCCUUUUGUGGCACAGCGUCGAAUGUGAUUAUAGAGAUUGGGAAGGUGCGAGCCGGGACUUGCUUGUUCAUUAUGCCUGAUGUCGAUCACCCCAUCCUUCUGGGGCGGUCGUUCCUGUGCCAGACGAAAAUGUUGAUCUUCAACAAGCACGACGGAACAAUGAUCCUGCUCCUGUGCGACUCGGCGUGUGGGAAUUAUGAAGUUAUCACCUGCCGGAACACGGGGCCGGGGAGCGGGAGGAAUAGGCCCAAUUUGGGCUCGUUCACCUUUGAGGAAUCAGAGAACGAGCGGAGACGGCUUUGGGAAGUGCCCGAGGAGGAGGAUAGGGCUGAGGUGCUGACAUUGAGCCUCACGGAUGUGAAUAAGGCCAUGGAGGUGGUAUCGGCUUACGACAUGGCGGAUCCGGAGGCCAUUAAGGCAUUGAGGGAACAGGUCUUGGAGAACCCUCAGGACUUGCAACGGCUAGAUGCGGUGACAGUGCGGGACGCGGCAGGAUUGCCGAACGCAGACGCAUUGUCAGAAUCGUGCGCAGGGAGACCUAUAAUCUCGCUUAUAGACCUCUACUCGGGGUAUGAUCAAUUCCCCGUAUACCUGCCAGACAGGCCCGUAACGGCAAUGCACACUCCCAGAGGGCUGAUUCAUAUGAACGUGGCGCCUCAAGGUUGGACGAAUGCAAUGGCGAUGGUGCAAAGGCAUAUCAUCAGAGCCAUGCAGACGGUCAACCCACAUAUCACUCAGCCCUAUAUCGAUGACCUGGCGGUCAAAGGUCCGAAGGAGAAGGAGGAAGAUGAAGUGAUGUCCUGUGUGCGGCGUUUUGUUUGGAAGCAUGUCCAAGACAUCGAUCAGGUUCUGGGGUUAUUAGAGGAACAUAACCUGACGGCGAGCGGCCCCAAGUCGAAACAUUGUAUGAGGGAGGCCACGAUUUUAGGCUUUGUCUGUAAUGAGAGUGGGCGAAGGUCUGAUGUAAAGAAAACAAACAAGAUUCUUGAGUGGCCGGUGCCCUUCCGCUUGGUAACAAAUGUGAGGAGCUUCCUUGGGACGUGCGGAUUUUGGAGGAGCUUCGUGAAGGACUUUGCCACGAAGACGGAGCAUUUAAGGAAGUUGGUGCGCCAGGAUCAAGAAUGGGUCUGGGGCGAAGACCAGGAAGAGGCGGUCGGUAGGAUGAAAGGAGAGUUCAAGGAAGGAGGCUUGGUAUUGGGAGUGCCAAACUAUGAGGCCACGGAAGAAAGACCAUUCGUCAUUGAGACGGACGUUGGGCCAACUGCCUUGGGAGGAAUCCUGAUUCAGGCAGAUACUGAGGGGAAGGAGAGGCCGCUAAGAUUCGAAAGUCGUACCCUCAAUACAACUGAGAGGAACUUCUCUCAGUUCAAGAAGGAGACGUUGGCGGUACUUCAUUGCAUAAGGACCUUCUGGAACUAUGUUUUUGGCAGGACGUUCAUCUUGAGGGUGGACCCUACUGCACUGGCAUGUUCCCUGAAGAAUUAUACUCCAUCUGACCCAACCGUCGCAAGAUGGUUGACCUACAUUUGGAUGUUUAAUUUCGAGCUGGAAAGGAUCCCAGGGAACAAGAACAGGGCAGAUGGGUUAAGCCGCAUCAACUGGGACGGAUCGGAUGAGGAAUCGAUAGAAGACACUCCGCUAGUGAUGGGUUUUUGGAUCAAGAGGAGGACGUCUGACUUUUCGAAGACAGCCAUGCAGAGGGGCGGGAGGGGCGCACGGCCACGACAGAGGCCUCAGGGAGCAUCAGGAGGGGCUGACUCGCACAGACCGGUUGGGAAGGAGUCCACGCCUAUCUUCGACGACGGUAACAUAGAGCUUUUUUUGGACUCCUACCAGGCACAUGCGACGCGGGAGGGCUGGUCUACCUUGGAGAGGUUACGGCACCUGAGGGGAGUUGGGCGUUUCGAGGAGCCUAUUGCGCGCAUUCGAGAGGAGGCGUUGACCUGGCAGGAUGUGGAGGCGAGGAUGCAGACGGUGAGGGCUUCGCCGCUGGGACCAGAUGGGUUGCCUAUUCGGUUGGAGGAAGGCAAUGCGGAGGAGUUCAUUCCUGCCUACGAGCAGUAUAUGCGCGACCAGGGGGCUGGGCCGGAGGAGUGGAUGCAAACGUUGCCCCUCUGGACGCGGAGGGCGGAGAGGCCGUUGGCGGGGCAGAUCCGGGACAGGGCACGCGACUGGGAGGACUGCCAGGCUCAGUUGAGACAGGUAUUCCGACGAUUGGAGCCCGAGAGACCAGAGCCCAGGGUGGAGAGACGACAGAGGAGUAUGGAGCUAUACCAGGAAAAGGUUAGGAUGGAGGCCGCAGGAGAGGCGCCAAAGCCGCCAAUUGACCCUCCGGCGAGCGAGCAGAGGAUUAGCGAGGCUUGGGCCAGCUACGAGGGUGAGAGGGAUGCUGCUCGCUUGAGGUUACGAGAGGCAGGACAGGAGAAUGCGAGGGUGGGCGAGGCACGAGAGACAGAGGACUUGGGAUUUUCAGCCGCCAUAAUGGAGAUUGAGCGUACAGACAGGAGGAUAGAGACGCCACAGCAAGAGGGAAUGAGAAAGGUAUUCCUAGACCCAACAGAGGCGGCAGCAAGGCGGGAGGUCGAGGAGAGGAGGUUCAACUUCAGGACUCCUACGAAGUUGGCCUCGCAACAGGCCACCGCUAUGACGAUUGAGGUUCCUGGGGGCGAGACGGCGCAAAGACCCCAACCUCCAGUGGCUGAGGGGGACCCCACAGAGGAGUCCCCUACGAUCCUUUUGGAGGUGCAGGAGGGUGCCCUUACGGGAGCAGCAGCAUCCACUGAGCAGGAGGUAAUGAGGGGAGAGGCUUCUCGACUGGACGAGUUGGUGGCAGCUAUGGAGCUGGACAUGCCGUCAGGAGGGCCUCAGAGGCUGGACACCCCGGAGCGCGUGCCAGAGAUAGGGGAGCUGAGGACGCAGUUAGGCUCUUGGGCUACUGGAGCUGACUCAGGAGAGCACAUCUCAGAGCAACAGCAGGAAGUUAUGAGCGAGUCAGCGACUGCCGUGACUCCCCUGCCUUCUGACCUGCAUAGGGACGAGGGGGCGACUGCGAUGGGAGGAGUCCGCGAGGGUAGGCCACUGAGAUUGGACACUCCAGCGUACCGACCCGAGGGAGAUGAGGUGCUAUCAGGGCCGAGUACCUAGGUGAUGGAGGCAGGGCCGACAGAGUCAUGGAGUAUGCCCCAGAGCCACGAGAUGAG